AUGUUUCCUGCAGGAGCAGCCACGGAAGAGCUGAAGGUGAUUCAACCUGAGAAGUCAGUUUCUGUCUCUGCAGGAGAGUCAGCCACUCUGAACUGCACUGUGACCUCCCUGCUCACUGUGGGACACAUUGUGUGGUACAAGCAUGUAGGACAACAUCAGCAGAUUUUCUAUAGGUUCACAGGAGAGCAGUUCCCCAGAGUCCAAAAUGUUACAGAUGUUUCAAUGGGAAAUAAUAUGGACUUUUCCAUCCUCAUCAGUAAUGUCACAUUUGGGGAUUCUGGCAACUACUACUGUGUGAAGCACAACACAUCAGGAAAUGACACUGAGCCUCAGUCUGAGGGAGGCACAGUGUUGUAUGUUCAUGGAGCAGCCAGGGAAGAGUUGAAAAUCACUCAGCCUGAGAAGUCGAUUUCUGUUUCUCCAGGAGAGUCAGCCACUCUGAACUGCACUGUGAACUCCCUGCUUCCUGUGGGACCCAUUGUGUGGUACAAGGGUGUAGGGAAACAUCGACAGUUUUUCUAUAGGUUCACAGGAGAGCAGUUCCCCAGAGUCAAAAAUAUUACAGAUACUUCACAGAGAAAAAACAUGGACUUUUCCAUCAGCAUCAGUAAUGUCAUACCUGGGGACUCUGGUACCUACUAUUGUGUGAAACUCCGCAAAUCAGAAGAUGACAAGGAGUUUCAGUCUGGGGGAGGCACAACGUUGUAUGUUCAUGCUACACCAUCUGUUCCUGAAGUCUUGGGUCCUGCACCCAAAGCUGCACCUGAGGAGAAAGUGAACUUCAUAUGCAGGUCUCAGGGCUUCUCUCCUAGCAACAUCAGCGUGAAGUGGUUCAAAGAUGGAAAUGAGCUCUCUGACAUCCAAACUACUGUGAAGCCAGAAUUAAAAAGCCACACCUACAGUGUCUUCAGUACAGCACCGCUGGUGCUUCAUAUUGCGGAUAUCAACUCUGAGAUUAUCUGUGAUGUGGUCCAUGUCGCAUUGCAAAAAACCACUCUCCGUGGGUCUGCCCGUUUGUCUGAUAUCAUACAAGUUCCACCCACCCUGGAGAUGAGUCAACAACCAUCAGAGGUUAGGAAUCUGACAUAUAUUGCCUGCCAUGUGAAGAAGUUCUACCCUUUGCGCCUUCGAUUGAGUUGGUUUGAGAAUGGAAAUAUAUCCCGGAUAGAAGAGCCUUCUACAUUUACAGUAAACAAAGAUGGAACCUACAGUUGGAACACUUGGCUCUUGUUGAAGACAUCUGCUCAGGAGGGCAACCUGGUAGUCACCUGCCAGGUUGAACAUGAUGGGCAGCCACCAAUCAUUAAAACCCAUACUGUAGUGGUCAAUGAAAAGCAGAAGGAGGAAGGUACUGACACCACAUCUGGUGAAUCUCUGCCUCUUCCUUACUAUUAGUAUAUUUUUUGCCUCUUUUAUUUUGAAUGUCAAAGGUAGCAUUUAUGUUUGUUUUAUCAUAAUCCUUUUAUCUGCAAAACAAGUAGAAUGUUAAAAGUCAAUUUUUAUCAACUAUCUCACAGGUGUCAUAUAUUGUUGACAUUCACAGAUAUUAGAUAAGGGAGACAUGAAAGCAUCAUCCUACCCUAGCACCCCAUCUCUUCCUAUUUUUACCUUACCUUUGUUAUGACCUCAUGUUUAUUUUCUUUCUUUUGAACAUCUUCCCUGUUUCCAUUUCAAUACAGUUUUCUAUGAAUAUCCGUGUCAUCACCCUGUGUCUU